AUGAAGAAGAAAAGUUACAGUACGGAGCCACCGUCGUAUAGUUUAGAGAAGGGAAAGAAUGACGGACUUGACAACCCCGGUUUUGUAAACGACAAUGGAGACAUGGAGAAUGGUCAAAUCGACAAGAAGGAUGAGGAAAUUGAUCUUUGGGAGUUACCGGAACUGAAGGAUACAUCAAAACCUUUCAAAGAGAUGAACGGCAACGAGAAGGUAGUGUUCGUGUUGUGGGUCAUACUAAGAAUAAUCCUGUUCCUCGGCUUCCUGUAUCUCUUCGUUUGUUCUCUGGAUUUUCUGAGUUCAGCGUUCCGACUACUGGGAGGUCACGCAGCUGGUGAAGUGUUCCGGAACAGCGACAUUCUGCGGAACCCCGUGACUGGCUUGAUGAUUGGUGUUUUAGCUACUGUCUUAGUACAGAGUUCUUCUACCAGCACUUCCAUUGUCGUAGCCAUGGUUGGAGCAGAACUACUUGAAGUCGCGACAGCCAUUCCAAUCGUAAUGGGAGCUAACAUCGGUACUUCCGUCACCAACACCAUCGUAGCCCUGGGACAAAUCACCGAUAAGGACGACUUCCGGCGGGCUUUCGCGGGGGCCACUGUCCAUGAUAUGUUUAACUGGGUCAGUGUGAUUAUACUGCUUCCGUUAGAGGUUAUAUCAGGAUACUUGUUCCGCUUAAGUGGGGCCAUUGUGGACAGUCUACAUCUGGAAAAGUACAAAGAGGGCAAGAAAGACUUGCUCAAGGCCAUCACGAAACCUUUCACCACUAAAAUCGUUCAGGUGGACAGCAAAGCUAUCCAGAAGAUCGCAAAAAGCGAGGAUGUUUAUUCUCUACUCAAGCUGUGCUGCAAGUCCGAGACUCCAGAUCCUAUCAACAAGACGCUCUCCAAUGGAACGUGGUACAUGGAGGAGCUGAGCGACGUCUGUGUCACACCAUGUGAAUUCAUCUUCAAAGACACCGGUUUGAGGGAUUCUGAAAUAGGGGUCAUACUGCUAAUAAUUGCACUAGUACUUCUGUGUGUGUGUCUGUUUGCCAUCGUUAAACUUCUCAAUUCUCUCUUAAAAGGAAAUAUCAGGAAAAUAAUAAAGAAAAUUAUAAAUGCCGAGUUUCCGGGAAAGUGCGGCUACUUCACUGGUUAUCUGGCUAUUCUUGUGGGAUGUGGACUCACCAUCCUUGUGCAGUCAAGUUCUAUCUUUACCUCGGCCAUGACACCACUGGUCGGUGUUGGUGUGAUAAGUAUCGAGAGAAUGUACCCGUUGACCCUUGGAUCAAACAUCGGUACCACUACGACAGGUAUCCUUGCCGCUCUGGCGCAAGAUGCUGACAAAAUUAGAAACCCUUUGCAGCUGGCUUUCUGUCAUCUGUUCUUUAACAUUUCGGGAAUUCUCAUUUUGUAUCCAAUUCCAUUCAUGAGGGUCCCAAUCACCCUUGCAAAAUUUCUCGGAACCGAGACUUCUAAAUACCGAUGGUUUGCAAUUUUUUAUUUGUUUUUAAUGUUUUUCCUGCUGCCAUUGUUCGUAUUUGGACUGUCUGUGGCUGGCUGGGAGGUCAUGACUGCCGUUCUCAUCCCCAUCGCUUGCAUUAUAAUCUUUAUAUUCAUCAUCAAAGUCAUUCAAAGAAAGAAACCGAGUUUACUCCCAAAAGUCCUUCGUAACUGGAAGUUCCUCCCGCUGGUGUUCCGCUCCCUCGAGCCCAUUGACAGGGUAAUGCAACUGUGUUUCUGUAGUUGCUGUCGUUCCAAGGCAGCUGAUGAGCCGCCCCAUCAAAGAACGGAUAUGGAUACGAAGAUUUAAAUGACAUUG